GAGGAAGCGUUAAACCAUCAGAGGCUCAAACAUGAACGUGUGGCUUGUCGCUUUGAUCUGCUUCUUCUUCCAUACACAGCGGGAUGGAAACAGUGAAAGUGUUGUCCGUACAGGAACUGAAGGAGGAGACAUAACAGUUUCAUGCCACUUCUAUUUAUCCGGAAAGAGGAAGAUCUUCUGUAAGGGAGAGUGUGGAAAAGGAGACACUCUGCUCCAAACUACCGCUGACACGGCCCAGAAAGGCAGAUACAGCAUCAGAUUUAAAGAAGGGACUGCUUUUCCGUAUUCUGAUACAGUUCUGUAUGUGGGCAUCACAAAGCUGACUAAGUCUGAUGCGGGACGGUACAAAUGUGGCUUUGGCCGAGUUUUUUCACCGUCAUACAUGGAGUUUGAGAUCAGAGUUGAAGAUGCUCCAACCUCUUCAAAACCAAAAGUGACUCUCAGACCGUUUCCAACAUCAGCCUCCACCACCUCUCAGAGUUUAAGCUCCGUACCUUCCUCAGCCUCCCCUGAACGCACCACGCAGCCUCAACAGGGACAGACAGCUUCAGAUGGUCACGACGAUCACUCAAAAAUAUGCAGCGGAUGGGAAACUCAUGAGUGGACUCUGUUUGGUCUCAUACCAGUCCAACAACAUGGGUUUUGUUUCUGUGAUUAAACAUGAUGUUCAGAGUUGAUAUGAGUCUCCUUUUGAAUGUAGGUCUUUACAACUAGUAAUAGUCUCAAAAUUAAAAUACAUUUUUGUUUUAACUCAACAAUCUGAAAUCUGCUGUUUUUCUUCUGUACUGGUUCUUCUCUUGAAAAGUAAAGUUAUUUUUCUCAGAUCGACUGUGACAAGUUGCAAGAAAAUUGACUCAUUGGGCUCAGUGAUAAAUUGGGUUAUAAGUCAUACACAUUAUUUUACAACAUUUGAAACUAACAUUACGAUUGACAUUGAAGGUGCCCUAUUUUGCUUUUGUGGGUUUUCCCUUUCCUGUAGUGUGUUAUUUAGGUUUUUGUGCAUGUAAAUGGUUUGCAAAGGCUAACAUCGCUGUGUUCGUGUUGCCCACACGAUCCCCCCCCUGCCUGAAACGCCUCCAUUGGACUCCUUUGUUUACUUCAGUAACAUAGUGACAUCAGAGGCUGACAGAGAGUGUGAGGAGGUCAGAGAGGAGGACAGAGGCAGCAGAUUUCCUCCUGUAGAAAUGUCUGUUCUCUCCACUUCCCACUGCAGACACUUCUCAGAAGACAACUGACGAUGACUCAAGUAAACUCACCGGCUCUGAGGUUUCCCAACAUUACAGCUUCCUCGCUCGAUAGUGCCCCCUGUGGUGUGUUUCAAGACUAUAUUUGGUGUGUUCAUGUGAUAGCUCUAUCCCAGUGCUUCUCAAAGUGUGGUCCGUGGACCACUGGUGGUCCAUGAGCGCCCCCUAGUGGUCCUUGAGUAUAUCGGUAAUAUUUCACAUUUUAAAUGAAUUAAUUAAUUAAAGUUUUCCGCACUAUCGCGGGAAUAAAGUGGUCCUUGGUAUGAAAAAGUUUGAAACACUGCUCUAACCAUUAUCAAAACAAUGGCCUGACAAAUUAGAAAACCUGCCAGUAGUGAUUUACACAAAAAUGUGUAAAUAUAUAUUUAUUUAAAGAUUAUUUUUUAAGAAUUUGGCUUUGUGUUACAUGUACAGAAAGAUAUAUUGAAGAGAGAGUGGAUGACAUGCAGCAGACAUUUCUUCAUUGUUCAUACUUUACCUCAUCUCCUAGCACGACUUAUGUGGAAAAAAGAUGCAUAACUUUUAAACGAUUUAUA